AUGCCGAUUGGCAUGAGCCCAUUCCGGUUGGUUUAUAGGAAGGCUUGCCAUCUACCGGUGGAGAUAGAGCAUAAAGCAUAUUGGGCCGUAAAAGAGUUAAACACCGGAUUUGGGGUGGGUGUUAAAAGAAAGCUACAAUUGGUGGAGCUUGAGAACUUCCGUUUGGAAGCCUAUGAGAAUUCAAGGCUUUACAAGGAGAAGAUGAAAGUGGUGCAUGAUCGAAACAUAAGAAGAAGAGAGUUUAAAGCCAGAGAACUAGUUCUCCUCUAUAACUCUAGGUUAAGAUUGAUGCCCGGAAAGCUAAGAUCAAGGUGGGAAAGCCCUUAUAGAGUGGAGAAAGCGGAACCAUAUGGAGUCUACCACCUAAGACAUCCUUAA